AUGCCACACCCAUUGAAGAUCAUGAGAAACAAGAGAUUCGUCAGACUAGUCAUCGCUUUCGUCUGUGUCGCUGCGAUCAUAGCCUUGUACCGAUCAGUUUCUCAUUUCAAAUGUUGUGACCUUAAAGAUUCCGAUUCGACGGGUCGGCAUGUUGCCAUGGAGACUGAGACGGGGACAGGUGUGAGAAUCUACAGGGCAGACAACUACAACUGCUCACAUCUUCUACCGUUCCGCUUGUUUGACGGGAAACUUUCCCAAAUCUGCACCUACGACCCUGACGUGGACUACAUUUCAGCAAUGAUCAAGAAAUGGCAAGGCUUUCAAUCCAAACUUAUCCGUGACAUCACGCUGGCCCUUCGUUAUGCACAAGAAAGCGAUGUGAACGAAAUCAACACCAACGUGACGUUUGUGGACCUGGGGUCAAACAUCGGGGUCUUCACCCUGACGGCAGCGAUGGCGGGCUACGAGGUGCUGGCUGUCGAUGCCUUGCGAGAGACUCUGCAGCUGAUGGUGACCUCCCUGCACCUAGCGGGUGUGACGUCACGUGUGACCGUUCUCAACAACGCUAUCUCUGACGUCAGAGAAGUCGUCAGCAUGGAGAUCGACCGCAGUAACAUGGGGGGCUCGAAGGUGAAACAAGAUAGCUGGGUCAACCAAAAUAGCAGUGACGACGAUAACGUUAACUCCAUCAACAUGAACGACCUCAUCCCCUACGUCAGGUCCCGCCGUGCUGUCGUUAAAAUGGACAUCGAGGGCUUUGAGGAGAGGGCGCUGUGGUCGGCCAGCGAGUUCUUUGAGAAGAUCGACGUUUAUUCCGUUUUGAUGGAGUGGAGCUUUCACCGAGGGGACAGCGGGCCUCCCAUCAUCCGAUUCAUGUCAAGGAGAGGGAUGCUGCCUUAUUCUGAUACCAACAAGAGUGAAGCUCUGGAUCCAGUUUCUUACAAAACCUGGCCGGAUGAUGUCGUUUUCAUCAGAUGACUUGCUCUUGAAUCAUUAUUAUCAGUGUGGUUUGAAAACCAUCUGUUUUCUGUCAUCUAUUUAGUGAUUAGUUUGAAACUUAAUUUUAGGCACUGUAAU